AUGAACUCCAUGACUCCCUCUAUCCAUCAAGAACGGGUGAGGGUCAGAAGAUGGGUUUUUGUGUCAGAACAUGCUUUCGUUCUUGCUGUCUGGAGCUGCAAAGCGUGUAUGCUAGUGAUCUAUGCUCGAAUCACCGCCGGUUUGAAGCAACGCAGAAUCAUUAACUACGUUACCCUCUAUGUUGGACUUGGCUUUAUCGCUACUGAACUUUCACUUCUCCUCAUAUGCCGCCCACUGUCCGAAUACUGGGCUGUGCCCAAGCCUAACUACCAAAUGUUCAUCUUAUCAGCACGACGACAUAAUCCAGGGGUGUAUUUCGAUUUCCGCUGA